AUGUCAAAAGUAGUAACGGGGGGCGCUCGAGGCUGUGGGCUCGCCUUUGCGCGCGGACUGGCUGAGGCAGGGGCGAAUGUAGCCAUCUUUGAUGUUGUAGAUCCGGACACUGAAUUCUAUGCCAUGGAGAAGGACUAUAAUGUUCGCACAGCGUAUUACAGAGUCGAUGUUUCGUCGCGGGAAUCGCUGGAGAAUGGUUUCAUGCAGUUUCAGAAGGGCUUUAAUAAUGCACUCGAUAUUUGUGUCCCAUGCGCUGGGAUCAACCGUCAUCUUCCCUUCCUGGAGUUUACCUACAAAGACCACCACGAUCUUGUCUCGAUUAAUAUGAUCGCAAACGGAACCAAGCAUGGGAGCAUCGUGCUUGUAGCUAGUAUGGCUAGUCACAUUGCUGUGCGAAGCCAACUGUGCAGCGCGUACUGUGGAACCAAAGGAGCAGUUCGAUCUAUGUGCCCUGCAAUUGCAAAAGAGCUGGCAGAAUACUUCCCCCAUCUUGUUCAAGGCUGGGAGUUGGAAGCCAUGAAUGGACGUAUCGCUGAGCCCGAGGAUAUCAUGGGGGCGUGUGUUUUCCUAGCGAGCGACGCCAACAAUGAAGGAUAUAUUUCUAAAGGCCCUAUUGAUGCUUCAACUACGGUCGUUGUGGUCGGCGCUGGGCCGUCCGGGUUGAUGCUCGCAUGCAAUCUGGCUCGAUUCGGUAUUGAUGUUAGAAUCCUGGAUGAUCGUCCGGACAAGACCUCCACCGGCAAGGCGGAUGGCAUGCAACCCAAGACGAUUGAGACAUUCAGGCAGAUGCGACUCGCUGAUCCGCUGUUGAGAAAUUCUGCCCGUGUCUACGAUAUUUCUUUCUGGCGAUCAAUGCCAGAUAAGCCACUCCACCGGACAGGACGCCAAAGGCAUUAUCCUGAUCAUCUCGUCGGAGCCUCCGAUCCUUAUAUCCUUCUUGCCCACCAGGGUAUGGUUGAAGAAGUUUUAAUCGAUGAUAUGGAGGCUAGAGGUGUCUUUGUCAUGAGAAAUAGUCGGUUUGCUUCUUGUUCGCGCGUGGCAGGCACAGGGCAGCUGGAUAUUGCGUAUGAGGACCUGGGGAGCAAGACCGUCAAAACAAUCCGGGCCGGCUACCUAGUUGGAUGUGACGGUGCUCGUUCAAAGGUAAGGGAGUGUAUCCCCGAUGCGCAGUUGGAGGGUGAGGUGACCAACGCCUCAUGGGGCGUGCUGGAUGGUGUCAUCGAUACCGAUUUUCCCGACCUCUGGAGUAAAGUUGCAGUGCGUUCCGCUCUGGCCGGGUCUAUUCUUUGGAUCCCACGCGAACGCAACAUGACUCGAUUAUACGUUCAGCUCAGCGAGACCGACGGCGAACGGGUUGAAAGGUCCAAAGCUACACCCGAAUAUGUUAUGCAAAGAGCAAGAGAAGCAAUGUACCCCUUCCGCCUUGAGUGGAAAACGAUUGAUUGGUUCGGAAAUUAUGUUGUGGGCCAACGCGUAGCGAAGCGUUUCAUGGACUCAGAGGCGCGGAUAUUCAUUGCCGGUGAUGCUGGGCACUGCCACUCUGCUCUAGCAGCCCAAGGGGCGAAUACAAGCAUGCAUGACAGUUUUAAUCUGGCAUGGAAGCUUAAUCUUGUCAUUCGUGGGUUGGCCAACCCGUCCCUUCUAUCUACCUAUGAAGAGGAGCGACAAAAGAUUGCGUACGAUCUUAUAAACUUCGAUGCAGAACAUUGCAAAGCUUUCUCACAAGGCGAGGCUGCCCUUGCCAAGAACUUUGAUGAAAAUAUUCGCUUUAUCUCUGGCAUGGGUGCGGAAUACUCACAGGGCUUGCUGAGCCGAGGCAGGGCUGCCAUAUCAACCCCCCUGCGGCCUGGCACUCUCCAGCGUCCAGGAAAGGUAACUCGAUACAUUGACGCCAACCCCGUGUCCAUCCAGCUUGAUGUUCCGAUGUUGAGCCAAUUCCGAAUAUUCUUCUUUGUUCCAGAUGUUCCCAAGGCACUUGGGUUUCUCAGUAUCGUAUGUGAGGGACUUGACAACGCGACUGGGAUUGGAAAGAUCUCCUCACGAGCAAACCAGUCAUAUGCGAUUCAACCCCAUAGGGCAACUCCAUCAGACACAUUUAUGAACUCACAGAGAUAUACCGCGGUAUCAAGGGCUUUCACUUAUGCGAUGGUGACUCAGUCUUCCAAGUCUGAGUUCGAAAUUGCAGAUUUACCCAAGGCACUGCAAGGUAGUCGCUGGACCUUAUAUCUGGACGAUGUUGAUUCACCCUGUUGUACAGACAAAUGGGUUGGGCCAUUGCAGGGAGAUCAUGCUGGCAUAGUGAUCGUGCGACCAGAUGGAUACGUUGGAACCAUCGAGACAUGGGAACUGGCAGCGGGCACCGAGGCUGGGAAGUGGAUUGACGACUACUUCGCAUUCAUGAUGUAA